UAUAUAUUCAUUCUUGCACACACACGCAUACAUAUCUAUAGAAAGACAGAGUCUUUCAGACACACACACACUUUUGUCUCCGUCAUCUAUCAAACAUCUCAAAUACAUAUUAAUUGGAACCGCUAGAAUAAAUUUAUUAGCUAUGGAUGUAUUCAUGAAAGGGCUUUCCAAAGCUAAAGAGGGUGUUGUGGCAGCUGCAGAAAAAACCAAACAGGGAGUGGCAGAAGCAGCAGGAAAGACAAAAGAGGGUGUUCUCUAUGUGGGUUCAAAAACAAAGGAAGGUGUUGUACAUGGAGUAACAACAGUUGCUGAGAAGACCAAAGAGCAGGUGUCUAAUGUUGGUGGAGCAGUAGUUACAGGGGUAACUGCAGUUGCACACAAGACAGUAGAAGGAGCCGGUAAUUUUGCUGCAGCAACAGGCCUGGUAAAGAAGGAUCAAAAGAAUGAAAGCGGCUUCGGCCCAGAAGGGACAAUGGAAAAUUCAGAAAAUAUGCCGGUAAAUCCAAAUAAUGAGACAUAUGAAAUGCCGCCUGAGGAGGAAUAUCAAGAUUAUGAUCCUGAAGCAUGAAAAAUCAGCGCAAAUUACAUCCUUUAGAAGAUUCUAUUUCAUAUGAAAAUGUGUUCUAAUGUAGCCAUUUGUAAUUUUUUUUUUUGGAUAUUUUCUCAGUUGUUUAUUAAGUCUUCCAUCCACAGUGAUAAAGGCAUCACAAAAUAGGGUUAAUUAUCAGAACUAGUGACCCAAUGACUCCAACCUACUAAAAUGGGAAGAAUUGGUAGGGGAUUUUUUGUGGAUGUUGUGACUUCAAUUUUCAAACAAAAUUGAUUAAAAACAGAAAAAAGAAAGAAAAACCACCUAAGUGUCUACUAUUGUCUUACUUUCUAUUUGUAUGAUUGUUUUCAGUGGUUUGGUAUUGUUUAUAAAAAUUUUGUAUGUUUCCUAUGUCCACUACUGUUACAUGUAACAUAUUGUGAUACCAGUUUCUAGCUAUACAGUAUUUCUGGCAUGAUCUAUGCACAAAGCAGUUUUACAUUUUUAUCAUGCACCCUAUUGAUUUUGUGUUUAUAAUGAAAUGUGUUGCUAUUUAAAGAAAUAAAAAUAGAGUCAAUAAAGAUUAACAUUUAUGUUAAAUGCAAGAAGACUUAUGUACUAUGUCUGUAAAAUACUGUGACCUAUUUAGUUCUAAACAUAAAUGAGUGUUUAAUAAAUCUAUUUACAGAG